AUGUCGUCAGAUCAGAGCACGAAUCCACCGAUCAUGGAGCCCAAGACGAGACACCCUCUCCACCAGAUCGCUGACACGCCGACACACAAGCUUCUCCUGAAACAGUGGCUGAAAGAAGAAGAGCUCAUCCUCAGCCGCGUCUCCCACAAAGAAUCUCAGAUCGAUUCCGUUCGCCGGGAAAUCACUCAGCUCUUCGUCUUCUUCUUCCUCUUCCACUCCAUCUCUCUGCUUCUCAUCUUCCACGCCUCUUCUUCGUCGUCCUCUGCCACUGCUGCUUCCAACGCCUGCAAGAGAUCAUGGAUCCCUUCUCUCUGCGCUUUACUGUCUUCGCUUGGAAUCAUCUGGGCCGUACGGUACAAAUCGGAAGUGGAAUCGCAUCUGGAGAAGUUGUUGGAGAGGGAGAAGGAAGAUGCGAAGCUGUUGAGGAAAUGCGUUGAGGAGUUGAAGAAGAAAGGGAUCGAAUUCGAUUUGCUCAAGGAAGUGGAUGCUCUUCGUAGGGCAAAGAGUUUGAGAGUUGAGUCCAAGGCUGUGAGGAAAUGGUCCGCUAGAGAUUUCGUGACGCUCUUCUUCUUCUCUGUUUCGUGUUUGGUUCUCGCCAUGAUUAGGCUCAUUCUCUGCGAUUAG